UUGUGUAAGCAAAAAGGGCAAUCCGGGACCUCGAAUGUUGUCGAAUCGUGAAAACACAAACGUUCAUGCGUGUUACAAUGGCUGAGCGGUGGAACAUUAGCAAUAGUGCGUUGCGAGGUGGCUUAGGCACUAGUGGCAUGGGCAGUGGAAGCAAUACGGGUAGCAACGGUAUUGGCAACGGCAUUAGCUUAACGCAUCCCGGAGUAAUAAUGACGGCAGAUGGCGUCACCAACACCGCCAGCAACAGCAGCAGCAGCAGCGUUGGACUAGGAAUCUCAGUAGGAGGACUACACAGCAGUACGGGAAGUAACAGCGCGACCGGGACCACCAGCUUCAGUGUACCUAAUGGCGAGUCGGGCAUUUUACGGCGCACCGGUCAUUAUCAUCAUCUCGGUGGCGCACCGGACAACUUUGACGAUCUGCUCGUGUUCGGGUACUCGUGCAAGGUGUUCCGCGACGACGAGCGGGCCCGGUUCAUCGAUCAGGGCCGGCAUCUGAUACCGUGGAUGGGCGACAAUCAGUUGAAGAUAGACAGAUAUGAUGCUCGCGGUGCAUUACACGACCUCACACCGUACGAACCACCGCCCGGUGGGUACCAGGAUCGGUUGUCGGGGCUAACGGCGGCGGAACAAAAGGCAGAGCAGCUGUGCGAAGAGGAGCGUUACUACAGUCUGUACAACAAUGAGGUGGAAGAGGAAAUGUUUCAAGAAGAAGCUCGCAAGCGGGAAACACUGUUGGGCAAUCAGGUCCCGUUCAACUACGACGCACCACUACCUCAGGAGGGGGCCACCGUUGCCACCGUUGAAGCACGUACCAGUGACGACGACCAGGAUGAUGAUCCGUACAAAGUACCGAAGGGUUUCGAAAUUCCUCCCGAUAUUCCAUUGCCCGAAAGCAUGAAGGAGCACACGGUCAUUGAGAAAACGGCCAAAUUCAUCGCUUCUCAGGGAGGUCAGAUGGAGAUUCUGCUAAAGACGAAGCAAGCCAACAAUCCGCUGUUUGACUUUCUGAACCAAAGUGGACGCCUAUUUCGGUACUAUCGACAUGUGCUGCUUGCCUUUCGCACCAAUCAGUAUCCGAUUUUGUCGGAGCAACAAACGGACGAACAGAAGGGAACGGCUUCGAAUGGCAGCGAUAGCGAGCAGAGCGAAACGGCUCCAACAAGACCAAAAAUUAUUGUUCCAGCUAUCAAGUACAAACCAUCGGUAGAUUGUGCGUACACGCAGCUUAUUAGCAAGAUUACCGGUGCUCCUAUACCGACCAUGAUUGCCGAGGAACCGAACAAUGUGACUGCGGAUGGUGCAGCAAACGUACCCGGGCUUACCUCGCUCAACACGGACGUUGAGUACUAUCCUGAGGGUUCGACUGCUUCCGUGGAGGUAAAGAAAGUAUCGACCGGUUUGGCCGGGUUGGUUCAGUACGAUUCAGACAGCGGUGAUAGUGACGAUCAAGGAGACGACAAGACGGCGGGCCAGCACGAGAAAAAGAAAAUGGAAAGUCCUGACAAGGUUCAGGAACUUGCCCCUUUUCAGGGUAUUGUUCCCCCUUUAAAUGUUCACAAUGUGAUCGACCGAACGGCGAUCUAUGUGGCGAAGAAUGGAUAUAGCUUUGAGGAAGCAUUGCGCGCCAAAAAUGAUGCUCGCUUUGUGUUUCUCAAUCAAGCACACGAAUACUAUCCUUAUUAUGCGUAUCGAGUGCGGCAGCGCAUGAAUGCAGGCGAGAACGGAGUCGGAAUGCAACCGCCUAGUCCACCGGCAAAGGUUAGGAUGGAAACGGAGAAUGGAACUGUGGUAGAAACGACACCGAGUUUGGGAAUUAAAGCAGUCCAUACGGCAGCACCGAAAUCAGUUCCUGCGCCGGUAACGAACAUCCAGCAUCAGAAGCUGGGAGCUCCGGUUAGUUUUUCACUCGUCCGGAAACCAAAAGAGGAUGGUGGUGGUGCGGUAAAGACGAUGCCCGGAUUGGGAAGCGAUGAGGAGGAAGAAGUCGACAAAGAUUCGAAACAACAGGAAGUGAUUGGUAAAGAGCAAAGCAAUGUUGUUGCCGAUGGGGAAAUAUCGACGAAAAAUUCUUCAGACGGCAAAGAGCACGAACGGAGCGAAAUUACGAAGCCUCCGACUAUCGUCACAGAGGAAACCGAUAGCGAACUUUUUCUAGAUGGAUUAGAUGUACUGGAAGCGACCUCACCACCUUCUUCUGUUAACCAAAGGUCCGAGCGGGAACCAGCUGAUGCAAAGGAAAAACAGGCAGAACGCAAAAAACGUGCCAAUAUGUUCGUGAACUUAAUUAAGCAUGUCGAACGGAAGGUUGAUGUAGUGUCACAAGAUCAGACGGAAAGCAAUCCACAAGUUGAAAAGCUUCCAGCUAACGAAUCCACCUCGAAGGACACAGCUAAUAGUGAGGAGGACGAAGGAUCAAUCCAUUCAAUCCGCUCAACUACUCUGUCACCUAAAGAGACGUGUACAAAAACACCAACAGAGAAUUGCAACACGGCCACCACCACGACGAUAAUCGAAGACGAUGACGAUGAUGAUGAUGAUGAUGUUGUACUGGUAAGCGAAACACGCCCCAAACCCAUCCCACGAUCCCGAUCCCGGUCCCAUGCGGAUUAUCUUUCCGAUACGCAACGUUCCGGCACUGGUACCGAUCGGCGAUCGAAGAAGAAAAAAUCCAAAAGUCACCAUCGAUCGACGCGUGUUAAGAAAAAAUCGAAGAAGAAAUCACGCUCCCGAUCAGUGUCCCGCUCCGAACGAUCCAGCUCUCGGCGGUCGCGCAGUCGCAAACGUAGCCGUAGUAGAACACGUCGUGGACGUACAAAAUCGCGCACACGAUCGAGCAGCGAGGACGUCAACGCCGGCCGGGGAGAUCGCGCAAAGCGAUUGAAAAAAUCCAAACGUGCCACCCGUAGUAGAUCGAUUUCACGAUCACGGUCCCGUUCACCUACGUACAGGCGGUCCCGUUCGCGAUCCCGCUCCAAGACGAAACGAUCCCGCAAACGGAACGGCUCCUCGGAGCGACAUAAACGGAAGCAUCGAUCGCGAAGUCGUAGCUCACGGCGAAAAAGUGAUAGUGAGGCAGAAGAGCGUGGCAGACGCGAUCGUGGACAGCGAAGACGCGAGGGGCACUACGAGUAUGAUGAACGGUAUCCACCGGCAAGGGCACGAUACUGGGAUUGCUAAA